AUGUAUCUGCUACUAUUCGUCUCUAUUUCCUCAUUGGGCAGUGGCAGUUACAGCGGUAGCCGCGCCGAAUACUCACAGCCUCGGCGUCCGUCACUGACCUUGGCCUUGACCUUGGCUCUGACUCCGCAGCAGGCUCGGCAGAAGACGCAUCGUCCCAGCAGCUGCUACUUGUACUUGGUUCCAUUCCACGCUUCCAUCGCACCUCGAUCCAACGUCGAAAAAUGCUCCGCGCCGGGCCGGCCUGUUCCUGCUUUGUGCCUCGCAACUAGAGCGUCCGAGCCGAGUCGGUUUUGUUCCCUUCUUCCAUCGAUAUGUAUCACACACUUGCAGCCAGGCGAGCUGGUCCAAGUCAAGGCCCGAUCGCUGCGCUGGGAUGCUGGAAAGGAUGCGAGCAUGUGUGAGGCUAGCCUCGCGAACCCGCUUUGGCGUUGCCCACGGGAUAUGCACCAACACGCUGUUGAGAUGAAAAAGGUGGCGGGCCUGGAAAUUGCCCGCCCGCUUUUUUGCAGCGCCGCUACCAGCGCCUCGACGUCGCUAAACUUAGCGCACGUAGGGGUCGUUCUGCUGGCCCCGCCCGCCUUCCCGAAUGACAAGCCCGUCACGGGCCAUGCGCGCCGCCAAACCCGAAAAAAAAGGAAGAAAGCGACACCACAGGCAGAGACAUGA